AAUUAUAUACCGUAUUAUACAAUACAAGCCUAACAUUACAACAGUAUAACUAUAUAUAUAUUUUUAAUGUAAAAAUGUCUGACAACUUAUCGGCAGAAUUAGUGUCCAGUUCGGCCUGUUUUGGCGGCCGACAGGAAGUCUACAGUCAUCAGAGUCGCGAAUGUCAGUGUCGGAUGAAAUUUUCCAUAUAUUUACCGCCAAAAGUUGUCACUACCGACGGCAGCAAUACCGGUGGCCAGAAAGUGCCGGUCAUCUACUAUUUGCCGGGUCUGCAUAACAGCGAACAAGAGUUUAUUAUUAAAACCGGUUUCCAGAGAUACGCUGCCGAACAGGGAGUGAUAGUGGUCGGUACGGAUACCAGUCCGCGUGGCGUCGACAUUGAUGGCCAGCACACGGAUCCCGAUUUUGGCAGUAGUGCCGGAUUCUAUGUGGACGCCACCGAACCGAAAUGGCGCCAACACUAUCGUAUGCAUUCGUAUAUUACCAAAGAGCUGCCCGAAGUUAUUGAACAUAAUUUUCCGGUUAUUGUGGGUUUGAAAUCGAUUUUCGGUCACAGUAUGGGUGGUCACGGAGCACUGGUAUGUGCAUUGAAAAAUCCAGGCCUCUAUAAAUCAGUAUCAGCAUUGGCACCGUUAGCCAAUCCGACUAAAGAUGGAUGGAGUAAAAAAUGGUUAUCCGGUUAUUUGGGCGAUAAUACGGGUAAUGUUUGGGAGGAAUGGGAUGCAUCGGUAUUGGUUACCAAAUACCGGGGUCCAGCACUUAAUUUGCUUGUUGAUUGGGGAACUGUCGAUCCAUAUAUGCCGGCACUUCGGUGCCAAAACUUUGUGGACGCCUGUCUAUCGGCUAAUAUACCGAUUGACUAUCAUUUGCACGAUGGCUACGAUCAUUCAUCAUUUCAUGUGUCCACUUAUAUUGGCGAACAUAUUAGACAUCAUUCAACUAUAUUGUAUGAAUUGUUAGCUGAAGAAAAAUAAAUUAAACCAUUGAUGACUAACUGACUAAUUGAUGAUUACUAUAU